AUGGGUGCGAAGAAACGAAACGUAGCUUCGACGGCAGGGAAGAAGAGACGGAGGCCUGAAGCAGGAAGUGGCACAGACGAGAGCACAACGACGAAAGCGUCAUCGCGAAACAUUGACAACCAACGAAUUAGUGAAAAUGCGUUUUCCCAACUCAAAUUUGCAUCUGUCAUUCUCGUCGUUGCCAUGAUGAUGGGCAUUGCAUGGAACAAAAUGGAACAUGCAGAUCCGAUGAUGAUAUCUUUUCUGUCGGCAAUUUGUCGGUCAGCUUCGUGCGCUCCAUUCGUCAUUCCUGUGCGAAGAUAUUUGCAGGCUGCUCGUCCGAUCAAGCGAGGUGAGACCCUCUACACCAUCCCUCGCAGCCUGCAAUUUUGGGAUUUGGACGCCCUUCGAGAUGAAUUCGUCCGAGAACAUUUGAUUUCUGCACGACAUGCAAAAACUGGCAAUGCCCUUGCCAGUGGAGCCUUUUUGGCCGCUUGGAUUGCUAUGAAGCUCAGCCAGUCCCAAGAUUCAAUGGAUACUGUACAACGAUCAUAUUUAAAACUUCUACCCUCUAGCGAGCAAUCAAUGUAUCAUCCUCUUAUGUGGGAGAAGCAAAAUUUGAAGGAGGCGUUGGGUACGCAUUCUUUGAACUAUGCUGUUGCACUGGCGUAUCGAGACAUGGUGGAGUCUGAGUAUUCGGCGCUUGUCAAAGCAUCGAAUAGCAGAUAUUCAGACAUGGUCAGUGAGCUAGACUACAAGGUGGCUCGUAUCAACGUUCUGUCUCGUAGUUUUAACCCGGGUCCAGGUUCACCCGAAGAGGAUAUGGACAACGACGAGAUGGAGUUUUACGGUGAACAUGGUUUCAAUUUUACGUCAGGCUGCCAAGCUCUUGUGCCAAUUCUUGAUAUGUUGAACCACCAUCCGAAUCCGAAUGUGGGUUAUCGCUACGUCAAGUCGAAACGGGCAUUUGUUAUUGAUUCGAAAACCCAGAUUCCCGCUGGUUGGGAGCUGUUCGAUUCGUAUGGGAAAUUUACAGACUCUCAUCUAUUUGCAAAGUUCGGGUUUGUGAAUGGAGACGGAAGUGGAUGGACACAGGCAUCUAUCGCGCUCUUUCACAGGAUGUUGGACACAGGAAUGGACCUCGAAUUUUCAUACCAUUCUCACGCUGUUGGUAGCAGUCGCACCGAUAAAUCAGUCCAAAGGAAGCAUCUAACGAGAUAUCUACAGUAUGACGAUGGCUAUGUUGAUUGCGUGGAAGGUCCAGCUUCACACCCUAACGAGUUUGCGCUCAAGAAACUUAAAUUGGAGCACCUUCUUCAGAUAGCCAACAAUCGGAAGCGAUGGAUUGUUAACGCUCCUCCCCGAUCACCGGCAUCACGACCCGCAGAAUCUAGCAGUACCGUCAAUGCGAAUGGGAUCCCAGAGCUCGAUCCACAGCGAACUAAUAUCGACUUCUCAAAACUCAUAGAGACUUGCCGGAUUAUUUCCGUCGUCAACAGUGAUUACGAUGGAAAAGCACUAGAUAUGCUGAAGGAAAAUCUUGGCAAUCCUGAUUUCGUGCUAGAGCAAAAUUCCGAUUCGCUAGAACAUAGGGCUUUGUCAUGUCUGGCUCGACUAGCUGGUACAUCUCUUGUGCAGUACUCAAGAAACCUGGAGGAAGAAAAAACACAUCUCCUGAGUCUCAACGACAACCAAAACUAUCAAAGUGCCGAGUGGACUAUUUCUCAUCUUAAGCUUGGUGAAAUGCAGGUUUUGCAUCUUCUAUCAGGAGCCGCAUUUUCUAUUGCCAAGAGGCUGGAAGAAACGUUGGAUAAAACAGCUCCCGAAAACACGAUACGAGACCGCCCUUGCCCCAAGAAGUUUAUUGAAGCCUUGAUGAAUAAUCAAUAG